AUGAGCAUAUCACCUACAUUUAAAGGGUACGUGGAUGAUGAAUAUGAUGCAGCACUUAUAAUCCAAGCAGUUCUCGAUGGUAAAUUGGGACACGUCCCAAGAAGGCUGCAUGAUGCUGAGAGACCACAAUUAAUUGUAUCUGGCAACGUAUUUGUAUUUUUAGAAGAAUUAUCAGGAAUUAAAAGAUGGACAGAUGGUAUAUCCUGGUCUCCAUCAAGAGUGUCCGGUAAAUUCUUAAUGUACAAAGAAUUGAAUAAACAUUAUCCCGAUUCCAUUAACGUAAAAGGGCCUAUACCAUUGAAGCCAAAAUUUUCCACGACAAAUGAACAAAGUGGCAACCAUGAUAAUGAAAUACCUUCAAAUAAUAUGAGACAAUUCCUUCCAAGUCAAAACGAAUUGAGAUACUAUCCUUCAAGGUAUACUGGGUUUGUUAAAAAGACAUUUUCAGUAAAAUUUAGAAAUCAAGAAGCCGAUGCUUGGGAGAGAUUCCAUGUUAUAUCAUAUUAUUCAGAAGUACAUGUAGCCCAAAAUCAAUUGAUACGGCCGAGGGAUUUAAGUUACUUCAAUGACGUACAACUCUCUCCUAAUCUAGUAUCCCAAAUAGAAAAGAUAACACUUGGAGCUAUAAAAGUUAAUUUGGAAAAGGUAGAGAAGAAAGUUGAAAAUCAAUUUAAGAAUAAAAAUAUGAAUAAUGUCCAACCUUAUCAUGUUAAUAAUAUAACUUUCCAUGUAGGGAAUCGAGAUGAUAUUGCUUAUAAUACAUUACCCCAACCGUCAUUGAGUCUCCCACCUCAAUUGAUACCAAUGCAAACCGGGAAUCAUGUAUUAAUACCACAUUUCCCAAAUACAGCCAAUAAAUGGAUUAAUACACCUGCAACUUUUGAAACAAGGUUGCCACCAACAACAAUGAGACAGAGUAUAUCUGUUCCAACCUUCCACAAUAACCAAAUUUCAUACCAAAGGAACCAAUCAUAUCCUGAACUAUUUUCAUUUAAUCGACCUUAUGUAAACAACAUGGUGAAAGCACCCCCAACUCCCUUGGAUCAAAAUGAGAAAAACGUUCGUUAUUGCCCACCAACACUAACUCCAAUACCAAGGCCCUUGCAUUUAACAUCUAGCAAUAUGUUAUCAGUUGAUUCAAAUGUUCUACCACCAAUAAAUGUAACUGAAAGUGGUUAUCCACCUCAUUAUUUGGAACCGAUGAGAUUGGGUCCUGUUUACUCCUCAUCUAUAUCAGAGCCUGGUACAAUUCGAAAAUCAUCUGUUUCCUCUUUAGGUCAAGAUCAUGAUGGUUCCACGAUAAAUAUUGAUAAUGGACCAAAACCCGUUAGAUCAAUGAAUGUUUUAGAUGUGUUGAAUCAUCCUGAUACUCGUUAUCCGACCCCUUACAGAGAUAAUGAAGUAAAUUUUGGUGUUCCUCCAUCAACAACAUUUUCCUCACAGGAAGAAAUACUUCCUCCUAUUAGAGAAUCUCAUUUUUAUAACGGAUCAUCCAUAAAUGUCCCGUUAUCUAAUGGCGGAUCAAAUGUAAAAUCCAUGGAGUUGAAAAACGUUGGUUUCACAGAAAAGACACCAGUGAUACGUCCAGAAGAUAUUAGUACUGAUAGUAAUUCCAACGGGAAUAAUGGAGAAGCUGGACCAGAAAGUAUCUAA